AUGUCCUCCUACGACCUGUGCGCCCCCGCCACCAGCAUCGCCUGCCCCCAGCCCAUCGCUGACAGCUGCAACGAGCUGUGUGCCCGGCAGUGCCCCGACUCCACGGCCCUCAUCCAGCCGCCUCCCGUUGUCGUCACCUUCCCCGGCCCCAUCCUCAGCUCCUUCCCCCAGCAGGCCGUCGUGGGCUCCUCCGGGGCACCCGCCUUUGGCGGCUCCCUGGGGCUGGGGGGCCUCUACGGCGCCGGGGCCACGCUCGCCUCGGGGGGCCUCUGCACCUUUGGCCGACCCUACGCUUCGCCCUCCUGCAGCCCUUGCCCCUUGCCGCGCUACUCCAAGAAGCCGUGGGGAACCUGCGGGCCCUGCUAAACUCGGCCCCCGCUGCUGCCACCCAGC